AUGAAGAGGGUCGGCGUCAUUGGCUAUGGACAUUUAGGCAAAUUUCUCGUCGAUGAGCUAAGUCGUCUAGACGAAUUCGAAGUGGUCAGGAUAUGGAACAGAACUGCUGAUAAAGCCGGUGGUGUGCUAUCAUUAGAGGAAAUCGUAGAGGAGAAAUUGACUGAUAUCGACUUGGUUGUUGAAGUUGCACAUCCACUUGUUAUACGACAAUACGCUGAGGUCAUUUUGGCGAGCUGCGAUCUAUUUAUAGGUUCUCCUACAUGUCUAGCCGACUCUAUUCUUUUGGAUUCUAUCGAGUCGAUAGCAGCGACAAAAAGACGCAGAGUACUAGUUCCAGCUGGUGCGUUUUGGGGUGGAAACGACAUACAAAAGAUGGCCGAACAAGGUACUUUAAAGGCACUCACUAUAACCAUGACUAAGCAUCCUUCCUCGUUCAAACUGGAGUCGCCGCUAAAAGAACUGAAUGAAGCAGCAAAGUUGGAAAGUGAAAAAGCUACUGUUUUAUAUGAAGGACCAGUUCGUAACUUGUGCCCUCUAGCCCCAAAUAAUGUGAAUACGAUGGCCGGCGCCGCUAUUGCUGCUCAGAAUUUGGGUUUCGACGGAGUCACCGCGAGGCUAGUUAGCGACCCAAAAAUGAUCGACUGGCAUGUGGUUGAAGUGGAAGCAGUGGGUCCAGACGGCUUCAAUGUGACUACAACACGAAAGAAUCCAGCGAAGCCAGGAGCGAUUACCGGACAACUAACGUAUUACUCUUUUUUGGCUAGCAUUAAAGAAUCUAUCUACAAACCAACUGGAGUGCAUAUUUGUUGA